GCUAGCACCUUCGCUGCCGAGAUUUUGCAUCUUCGCAUGUGCUGAUUGGAAUCUGUGAUUUCAUGCUGCUAAGUUCCUGUCUUUCCUGAUGGGGCGACGUGACGAAUCAUCAAGCACCUGAUGGGUUCUCUGUUCGUGCUCUUCUCGGUCUAUGUCCUAGGCGGCGUUACCUUCAUUCCCGUGGUUUUUGGCCUCUUAUUCCUUCAUGCCUAUCUAACCUUACCCUCCGUCGAAAAUGCUCCGGAAUUAGAUAAGGAUGGGUCUGAUGGAAUUCACCGAUCCGCCGACGACCAGUCGUCCGUUCAAAGCGGUACAGAUGUUCUCGCCGAGAAAUUCCAGCGAACCCACGAAUCGGACGUGGCAGCAGGAUAUUUCACCGUUUGUCGAGAGUAUGUACCGGGAGGAGUCAAUGGGAAGCCUCCGGAGCGGACCACUCCCGCGGGCGAGGUGAUCACGCCCGAGAGCCCGAGUGUAUACCAGAGCAUGUAUCGAAGCAUAUUUGAGAGAAAACAGGCCCCGACUAUCGACCCCGCGAAGCCGAGUGGAAAGAAUAUCAAGAAAGGGCGAAAUGUUUUCUACAUAGUCUUGCGACACGGCCACCUGAUGCUAUACGAUGACUCCGAACAAGUGGAAGUGCGUUACGUUAUCUCCCUAUCACAUUACGAUGUUAGCAUAUACGGUGGAGGGGAGUCCAUACCGGAAGGCGAAUUAUGGAUCAAGCGCAACGCAGUCUGCCUAUCAAGGAAAUCGUCCCAGUCAGACGUUAACAACCCACAAGUGGCAGCGCUUCCAUUUUAUAUAUUCUCUGAUAAUCCUUCAGAGAAAGAAGAUUUGUAUUUUGCAAUUCUAAAAAACCUAGAGAAGCUCCCCGAUUCCCCGAUUUCUCCACCGACCGCUCAACAUUUCGAUGUCAAGGACAUUGUCAAUCUGGUUAAGCGUCUGCAUUCGUCUGAGGAGAACCUUCAAACUCGAUGGUUCAACGCUUUGGUUGGGAGACUCUUCCUCGCCCUAUACAAGACGUCGGAACUAGAGAGCCACAUUUGGAUGAAGAUCGCGAAGAAGAUCUCUCGGGUUAAGAAACCAAACUUCAUUACCAGCAUUGUGCUUCGAAAAAUUAAUGCGGGGGAGGGAGCCCCAUUGAUCACAAAUCCGAGGCUUAAAGAUCUUACCGUCGAUGGAAAUUGUUGCGUGGAGGCCGACGUUAUGUACGAUGGCAACUUUCGUAUCGAAAUUGCAGCUACUGCUCGAAUUGAUUUGGGUACAAGAUUCAAAGCCCGGGAAGUGGACCUUGUGCUCGCUGUGGUAUUGAAAAAGCUGAAAGGCCAUGGUUUGGUCCGCUUCAAGCCUCCCCCAAGCAACCGGCUUUGGGUAUCAUUUGAGACGAUGCCAGAGAUGGAGAUGACUAUCGAACCCAUUGUCAGUUCUAGACAAAUUACAUACGGCGUCAUCCUUCGAGCUAUCGAAAGCAGAAUCAGAGAGGUAAUAGGGGAAACUCUAGUGCAACCUUUCUGGGAUGAUGUACCAUUCCUAGAUACGUCGCGACAACCCCAUCGUGGCGGCAUUUGGCAGGCGACAUCAAGACCAAUUAGCGAUCAUGGGGUUGCGGACGAUUUCGGAGUGGAGCAACGCCCUGCAAAGGAACCGUCUGAUGAAGUAUUAGGUAGUGAGGGCCAGACUGUGGGCGUAGUUUCAUUGUCUCCCCCUCCAUCCCCAGAUUCAAACGAGCAGAACAAGAGCACCUUGACGCUCGAUGAUGCACCCGCGGAAGUCGAUAAUAUUUCUCAGGUGGAUCUCCACCCUCCCCCUGGACAAGGGUCCUCGGAGCCAGAACUUCCGUUAACUUCGGACUCUUCAAGCGCGGAGCAUAUGGCAUUGGAUACGAAGCUUGAAGAUACAGAUGCAACGAGCACCAUGGUCGACCUUCCCACAUAUUCUAAUAAUACAUAUGCGGGGUCACUGCAUCACCGAUCAAGGCAACGGUCUAUAUCUUUCCAAAAAUCUCAUGAUCAUUUUACGAAUUGUCGUUCGAGGACAGACUCCAUUCUCAGCAAAGCUUCUACGAGUUCUAUUCCCGAGAGUAGUGACGGAGACUCGGCAGGUUUAACGGCCAGAAAUAUAAAUCACCAAGAGGGUUCACCAACCACUAGAUUAGGGUCGUCCCCAUCAAGCCCAAAACCCUUGGAAACUCGCCAGACCAUGAGCUCACUAGGGUCUGCCGCUGCUGCUGCCGCCAAAAAAUGGGGAUGGAACGUUUUGGGUCGCACUGAUCAGUCGCAAAAGGUAGGAGGAACAGUGAUCCCGGACCAUCCUAUUGGCCGGGGCAGACCGCUACCUCCUCCUGGAACUCCGCUCCCUCCUCCGGAGAAAUCAACUUUCAGAGUCAACCCGAUCUCCAUGCCUAAACGUAAACCUCUAGCACCACACUUAUUUCCUGAAACCGCCGAAAGAAGUGAAAAGAACCUCCCCGAACGCAAACCCAUGCGCCAUAGAAAAUCGACCUCGUCUACGAAGACGGAAGACAGUCGCACACAGGAGGAACUCUUGAUUAUUAGAGCACCGUGUGGUUCAGAACCGAAUAGUCCGUUACCAGCUGAGGCGGAAAGUCCCGAAAAGGCUCCUUUGAAUGGCGAAAAUACCGAUAAACAGUCUGUUCAAAAUGAGAAUCUGCCGGGAGUCUCCGCUCCUCCCACCACCAAAGCCAAUGUUCUGGAUGCAAAUGGUCACGAAGAGAGUCGUCGUACUUUGGAUGCAACGGAGGAAGUAAUUGCUGCGGUGAAUCCCGUCGAGAACCUGGUGUCUUAGAUGCUCGAAACUUCCUUAAUGAAUAUUUCAUGUGU